AUGACCACUGUUUCCAAAUUACUAUCCAAUGACAUGUUUAAUGAAAUAUAUGAUACAUCUAAAGAUCAAUAUGAUGAAUGUAUGCAGUAUUACAUAAGGAGGCAAUACAAACAAUGUUUAGAAACACUAUUAGAAUAUGAUUUGAUCAAAACAGAACGGGGAAACCGGUUAUUUAUUAAUUGUUGCUAUAAGAUACCAAGCUUCGAUAUAUUGGGCAGAUCAUUUAAGUCUAUAUUGGAUACUUCCUUUGGUGUUCAUAAAUGGGAAGAAUAUAUCAUUCAAUUGAAUAUGAAUGAGUUAAAGGACAUAGCUAUAGUAAAUCGGAUUUUACUGUGUUCUUAUAAAUGGCUGCUAUGGACACAAAGUGAUAAGGAUCCUACAAUAGUAGAAACAUACUUACAAUUUGUAGAGACUGUGUUAUCUAGAUCUUUAAAAGAUGGUAGUAAACAAGUGGAUGCCCUUUAUGAAUUGAUUUUAUUUUAUAUUAAUGAAGUUAAAAUUAAAUUAUUAAAUGGAUCUAGAUCUAUCACUCUAUAUACAAAUAUAUGUGAAAGAUAUCCAUUGAUAUCUAAUAUUUUAUCUGAGAAAAGUGUCUUAGGACCCACUUAUGAAGAAUGUAUCAAGAGUAAAUUAAAACCAAAAAUAUUAUUAUCAAAGACAAAGAGAACGGAUAUGAGUCAUGAUAUUAACAAUGAACAACACAGCAACAUAAAGAGAGAAGAAAAUAUCGAUAUUAGAGAGCCAGAGCCUAUUAUUAAUCACAUCAUAGAAGAGAGUCAUAACAAUGAUACUGAUAAUUAUAAAAAUAAAGUAUUUAUCACUACUACUAGCACUAGUAGUACUAACCUAAAAGAUAUGAUAUAUCAGUACAAAAAACUUACUUAUCACUAUCUACAAGUUCUGAAAAAUUCACCGUACAAAAAAUUUCUCAUCAUAGGACUACUAUUUAUACUUUUGACUAUUUACAAGAGUAGAAAACAUAUCAAAAGGAUAAGUAACCUGAUAAGAAAAUUAAUUUCUGCAUCUUUAUCUGUUUUGGAUCAAUAUUAA